GUGGACUACCAAGGGAUCAAGCCGAUCGCAGACCUGCUGAAAGAAACGAUUGUUUCAAGAAAUUCUUUCUUAACCGCGGCAGAAAGAAAAAUGCUUUCCCAGCACUCCUCGAGCUUCGUCUUCCCGACGAAUAUAAAACCAGUCGGUGUGCAGCAGCUUUUUCGACGACAGAAUUUCUUCGACGCCUUAUUCGCGAAAUAUGAUUGUGCACAACUCCCCCUCCCCCUCAUUUGUCAUGCAAGAUACCUAAUUGACAGCUUGGCUCUUGGCACUGUUUGCAUGACAAGUUCUGGCAGCCCAAAUAGCGCUACGGCUACGCUCCUGUCCGAAUUUGUCAUGCACAACCGGUAUUCUUGCUGGCGCUUGUAAUGCUGUUCAUACAAUAACAAUACAAGUAAGGGGGAGGGGGAGUUGUGCUCUUUCAUACGAAAAGAAGGCAUUUCCUCGCCGAUAACUACCCGGUGCACGGCGCGCGGAUUCACGCCUCGGUUGCGAUGGGCGACAGUUUAUCAAAUGUAAAAAUGUCUGGGUCUGGAAACUUGUGAUGCUGGGUGGCGUCUCAUGAUGAGGCCAGAAAUGCCGGCUCAGCAUCACAAGUUUCUGAGCUUCUAGGUGUUGCCUAUUCUGCAUGACAGACUGCGUUUCUGCAUCACAGAAAAAUGGAGCUUUUGGGUAACUUGCAUGACAGAUUUAAGACUCAUGCCAGACAAGCAUGACAAACAUGCGUUCUUCCAGACCCAGACAUUUUUGCAUUUGAUACAGUUCGGUGCUGAAGGUGUUGCUGCAGACCGGGAGGUUGGCCCGGACGUCGCUGGCCAGCUGGAACAUGGAACCGAAUGUGCACUUGAAGCCGAAUGCCAUGAUCCCCUUGCUGGUAUGAAACGUGGAGUGGGAGGAAUUUUUAGGCGGGUUUGAUGCUGUAUGAGUAUGCCUUGGUGUAUCUGUAUCUAUGAAUUCAAAAUGUGCAUAGCAGAUAGACAGAUUGGCAUCGGAACAAUACAAGGACAAGCAUAACAAUGACAAACUCGGAAAAAAAACAAUUUUCGCUCCAUGUUCAUACGUGGGAUCCAUGUACAAUUCGGUCCAGAUUGAGAAGGGCUCUUCUUACCACGGUCACUCCGUCUUGCACACCAGUUUCGUCCUGUACCCCACGAAUUUGCUAGCGAAAUUCCCCUACAGCGUGGCGCCGACCGAGCGGCGCGAACUGGUGUGGAAUGGGGAG